CUCACCCCUCGCACUCUAACCAUGCUCGAGAGCAUCAUAUCGACGGCCUACGUCGGCCAGUACGACUUCUGGGCCGUGCCCCUCGCCCUCCCGACCUCGCUCGUCACCGCCCUCCUCCCCCACCCGACCGCCUCGCCGCUCGCCCUCCUCGCCCCGCAAGAGGUCCAAGCCGCGUCGCCGCGCAUCCCCGACCCGGGCGAGGGCCACAGCUGGGUCGUCGUCGAGGCCGGCAAGCAGAUCAAGACGGGCGUCGCUUGGGUUCCCUUUGGCCGCUCGUCGUUCCACGAAGCCAAGCUCGAGGUCCCCUUCCUGCGCCACGAGCAGACAACGUCGUCGACCCCGCUCACCCUCAAGUCGUCGCUCCUGUUCAACUCGCGCCUCAUGCGCUUCUCGUCGACGCACCUCACCGGCCUGCGCUCGCACCGCGCCAUCUGCAUCGAGACGGACGACUCGUUCGAGGCCAUGGACUGGCUCCGCAUCAAGGUCGACGGCGAGGUCGACGUCCCGAGCGACAAGAGGUGGUCCGAGGACCUGCUGCGCUCGGUCGUCGCCGGCUACUGGGUCGGCCAGAACACGGGACACACGGCGACAAAGUUCACCAUGUCGUCCCUCUCGCCCGUCCGCCCUCUCAACCAGCUCCGCGUCCGCCUCAACCUCCCCGCCUUUACCCAGCUCCCGCUCGACGACGUCAAGGCCCUUCUCGCCGGCACCGACCUCGCGAUCGAGGACAACGGCUGGGUCGAGCUCGAGGCGGCCGGGUUCGCGCUCAGCGAGGAGACGCACAUGCAGGUCGCAGCCCUCUCGUCGAUCUAGUUCCCCCACUUCCUCGUUCUCUCUGUUCGUCUCUGUAGCUUGAUAGUCUCGCCGUGCCCGUCGUUCCUGUUGAUGCUCGUCCACAUUUCGCUCUGCAACUCGUCCUCGUCUACAACGCCACCUGGUCCAGCACGACCCUCCGACAGUUCGCCUCGACUCGUACUCCUCUUAGCUCCGGAUGGUGCGCUUGAGCGGCCGAGAGGCGAAC